AUGCACGCCAAGGCCGUUGCUCUCUCCCUCGCCGCCGCGGCCGUCGUCCGCGCUGAUCUCCGCCUCAACACCAACGACAUCCCCCAGGACUGCACUGCCAUCUGCCGCCCCAUCCGCGACCUCGGCAACAUUUGCACCGUCAACUUCAACAUUGGCCAGCCCGGCAACAACAACAACAGCGACGAGACCCAGGAUGCCCUCGACGCCCAGUGCGUCUGCACCAACAACUCCUUCGACCUCAAGAACCUCGCUCCCCAGUGCAAUGCCUGCAUGAUCGAGAAGGUCCCCCAGGACCAGCAGCGCAGCCUUGAGGGUAUCCAGAGCAUCAUGAACGUUUGCGAGCUCCCCAGCGCCAGCGGAUACGCCUCGUCCUCCACCAGCGUCGCCAACACCGUCAUCGUCCUCGCCACCCGCCUGACCGCCAGCUCCCAGCUGACCACCACCCUCGGCGGCGGCCAGCAACAGACCCCCGAGCCCACCCGCUCUCGUACCAGCGAGCGCUCGGCCAUCACCACCACCUUCCUCACCUCCGGCAACGGCGGCCUUCCGUCCAUCGCCACCUCCACCAUCGUCGGUGGUGGACGCCAGACCGGCAACGCCGCCCCCGGCCUCGCCGCCACCGGCAACCACGGCCUGCUCGCCGCCGUCGGUGCCGUCGUCGCCGGCGCUUUCGGCCUUGGUGCCUUCAUGCUCUAA